AUGGCCAUCAGUCCCCAACCAUCUACAUCCACCUCCGACACAACACCGGGCCGUUUGCGCGUCCUUAUUGUCGGCGGUGGCAUUGGCGGUUUGAUGCUAGGUUUGAUGCUUGAGCAGGCAUCGAUUGACUAUGUUAUUCUCGAGAGGUCACCGGAGAUCCGGCCGUUGGGUAGUGCGAUCUCCAUGAACGGCACUGUUCUUCGUGUCUUUGAACAACUGGGGCUGCUGGAGGACCUUUACAAGAUCUCAAAGUUUUCGGGGAGAGUUCAUCUUGUCAAGGAGGACACGGUCACCCAGGGCCAUGUCGAUCUCGAGCACUAUCGCGAAAGAUAUGGUUACUACAGUGUGGUCUUUGGACGUCCAGAACUCCUCAAACUGCUCAUCUCUCGGAUUCCACCAGGAAAACUCAUCCUCGGCAAGCGCAUCCUAACCACCGCCCGCACAGAGUUUGGUGUCCUGGCUCGUUGCUCAGACAACACGGCUUACGAAGGAGACAUCCUCGUCGGUGCCGACGGUGCAUAUAGUUCUGUCCGGCAGAACAUGUACAAGGAGCUCAAGGACAAGAGGAUGUUGCCCCGCUCAGAUUCCAAGCCUCUCAAGUUUGACCAAAACAUUGUUGUUGGUAUCACGGACGAGCUCGACCCAGAAAAGUAUUCCGCACUGAGGCAAGACUUUGCUGAGAUCCAUGCCAUUAUUGGAAACAAAGCCCCCUACACAAUGUGGCUGAUCCCUAUUCCCGGCAAUAGGUUUGCUUGGUCUAUCGGCGGUCGCAUCCUCGACUCCGAGGCCGGCAAGGAGGACGUAAGGAGUUUUUCCUUUGCUGAGUGGUUUCCAGAGCUUGCGACUGAUGUCUGCGAUCUCGUCCGCGACUACGUCCUCCCCGACCUCACGAACUCUUAUCAAGAAGACGGUCACUAUAAGAACAGAAAGACAGACGCCGAUAUGCACCACCAAUAUGCAGACAUGGCAAGUAUUAGUGAUAGUAGUAUUCACAGUACCCUGUCGACCGAAGAUAGCUCGAACGCAAGCUCGCGGGGGACCAAAGAGCUCAAGUCUGAGCCUUUGCACUCGGCCAGCAUCCACCUCCCUGACAACAUCCCGGGUCUGCUCCCAAGACGUCAAACGCCUACAGCUAAGCCAGGCACAGUCGGCGAGCUUAUCGAUGCUACUCCCCCCGACCGUGUCUCCAAAGUGAUGCUCGAGUCCAAGUUGUUCAAGACCUGGUACCACGAGCGCACAGUCCUCAUCGGUGAUGCCUGUCACAAGGUCCUUCCAUUCGCAGGGUAA